ACGAAAAGUCGAGAGCGGACGCACCAGAACUCGUCGUCAUCGUCGAUGACGGAAUCAAUCUGUUGGCGAUUUGACAUUAUGGGCGAUGAAGCUGUGCAACUGUACAACAGGAGAAAAAGACGGCGAUCACAGUCCAACACUAAACACCCAUCAACCGAACCCGGGCGGAAGGGGGGAGGGGGAGGGCGAAGGGAAAAGCGGCAAAAAGAAGGUCUCUCGUGUCAAGGGGCGGAGGGACCGAAGCGGACAAAAGAGUCUAAGGCGGGCGAGGAGGAUAGAAGAUCGACAACGUGGGGUGAGGGGAGAGAGGACGAGAAGAAGGGAGCAGAAAGGAACACCAAUACGCAGAGAAGAGAGAGAGUUGGAGGCGAAGAGAAAGAGAAGUGAAGCUUUGAUUGAUGGGGUUUGCGCGGGUUUGCACUGUUUGGUACGGGUGUCCAGCCUGACAGCAGCCUGAGGCUUUCACAGCGCCGCUUAUGUCAUCCUGCCCAAACACGAUUCCACGGCUCUCACGUGACGGCGACAAC